AAAAGUAAGAGAGACAGGAACUUAAAAAAAAUUUAUUUUUAAAAAAAUAAGAAGUCAAUCAAAACAUCUGAGAUAAUGACGACGAUGGAGGAAUUCGCGUUAUGUUGGAAUAAUUUUACUGAUAAUAUAGCAAGUGGCUUCUCUUCACUGCUGUAUCGUGGCGAUCUAUGUGAUGUGACGCUAGCCGUCGAUGGAAAGCUACUUAAAGCUCAUAAAAUUGUACUAUCAAUAUGUAGUCCGUACUUUCAAAAGAUGUUUAUUGAAAAUCCUUGUCAACAUCCGAUUAUAAUUUUAAAAGAUAUGAGUUCAAAAUUGGUAUCUAAUUUACUGGAAUUUAUGUAUCAAGGAUCCGUGAAUGUGAAGCAGGUUGAGUUGCAGGCAUUUAUGAAGAUUGCAGAGACACUCCAAAUAAAAGGACUAACAACUAGCUCGAAAAAAUCCAAAUCUGAAAAUAGCUCAAGUACUAAACCCGAGGAAUCAGAAAGCACCACUGCCACAAAAAGAUCACUUGGUUCCGAUGAAGCUACUCCUCCCAAAUUAAAAAGUCAAAAAUCGGAACCGCCAGAUGAGGAUGUUCAAGACUUAACGAAUGACGAUGACAUUGAGGCACAAAGCAAUGAAGAUUUACUUAUGGCAGUUCCUGAAAUUUCGAUGAUUGAGUCUCGAAUGGAUACAAAUAGUACAAAGUCACGAGAAUCUACAGAUGGACAAAACUCGUCCACAAGUUUGCGUAUUUCCAGUAGUCAGACAUUGAAUGUGUUCAGUCCAUUUGAUUAUCAGAAUGAGCCGAUACAAUUGAUGGAAUCGACAAAUAAACCAAACUCAAUACUUGACAUUCCAAUUAGUUCUGGAUCUGGUUCCAACAUUACUAUGCUAUCAUCCACAAGCUUACUACAUGGCAAUUGUAUAUUUAAUAGAAACAACACAGUGGCAACGCAGCAAGGCUUAAAAACUUACUGGCUUUGUAAAAGCUAUAGAAUCUCAAUGUGUAAGGCACGAUGCAUAACGCAUCAAGGAAAAGUUAUAUCUGCAACUGGCGUUCACAAUCACUUGCCACAUAUGAAUUCAAAGCAAGAUAUUCCACCAGGACAUACUCCAAACAUUUGUAAUCCACCAAUGAGUGAGUUUAGUUCCAUGCCAUCUGGAUCAUCUUCGUCGUCAUCGCAUAAUAUGCAUAAUAAUCCAGCACAGCAUUUAAUGAUGCCACAACCGUAUCAUCCGUACAUGCAUCACGGAAUUUCACAGCAGCAACACGAGAAUCAUCACCAGGAACAAAAUUUAAGGCUUCCAGUCAUGCAAAUAUCACCGCAAACAAGUCACGAGAACAAAAUAACUUUUAAUUCGUCGGAAAGUGGCAAUUUGGCGGCACCACAGCUUAAAUUUGAGCACAUUUAGUCAAAUUAAAAUGUUUUAUGGCAUUUAGAAAUUAAUUUUAAGGUCGCUUUAAGUGUUGAGUGCAGAGUUUUUGAUUAUUCUAGAGAACUGGAAGUGAGAUUAUUGAGAGAAGUCAUAAAAAUUUCUUUCAUUAACCUCCGACUUCUUUAACUAUGAGUCGAUUGUAAUUUUAGACUACGACAACAAAUUAUACGUAAACAGCUAUUAUUAAAGAUUUA